AUGUAUGUGAAAUGGUUUGAUACAGUAAUGUUUUACUAUGUGAUUUUAGUGAUUUUAGUGAAUGUCACUUUUUGUCAUUUUCAAAUUUCCCGCCGUUCCAUCCCCGUACGUCCUGACGCUCGCAGGGGACGGAACCCAGAUGACAGAUGUCGGCAUUGCCGGGGACACUGCAGGAGGGACAUCGCGGAGCGCAGGACAAGGUAAGUGACCAAGGGAUCACGGAGGAGCGCCGCAUGGUAAGCCCGAGUGUAGCUCGGGGUUACUGCUUGUGCUACACACGGGAAUACCGCCAGGGAGGUUA